UUCUUAACCUCAAGAAUCUAUCAAAAGCCUCCAUAAUCCAAGCUUCCCACGGAAAGAGCAGAAUAAUCCAAGAACACCAAAAGCCUAGCUUAAUUUGACGGAAAGGGAAAUAAGAAUUACUGGAGACAACACAUCAAAAAGACUCUUCUACUACUUACACAAUUACAUCAGACAUCUCCCGCAACUAUUGCGCGAAGACCUUGGAUUAAAAUGACUUCAAUGUAUCCACCGAUUUCUCCUACUAUGAGUAGGAAGAAAGCUCUUGUUGUUACUGGUAAGCCAAUUGUUGAGAGCUGCUUUCAAAUCUACAUGGAUAGUUAUUAAAAAAAACUACUUUUUGCAGACCCGCCAAAGUUCGAUCUUGAAAGCUAUAUUUCGAAUUAUAGAGGUAAGGUCAUGCAUGUAUUUUCUGCUGUGUAGGAUUUUAUAGAGUUCUGUCACUAAUAUUUCCUCUUGUUUAGGCCGGACCAGACUUGAGCGACUCUAUCUCAUCGGUGUAACCUCUACCUUCCUUGGUGUCGAAGCUCUAAAAAUCUUAAUCAAGGAAGCAAAGCAAGGAAAGGAUGUCACAAUUUAUAUGGAUGCUUGUGCUGCUUUGACGAAGAUUGCGCCAAAUGAACCGGAGGCUUUUAGAGAUGAUCAAUGGAUUGAUGCUACCAAUAAGUCGAAUGCUGCAGAGGCUGCACGUUUGGAAGCACAGUUGAAGGGCUAUAAGAAUAACUUGAUUAAGGAAAGCACUCGUGUAAGUCACCUCCCUUAUUUUCUAUGGCAGUCUUAACUUGAAGUUCCACUGGCUAAUGAUUUUUAAACAGAUGGGAAAUGAAGAUCUAGGUAAACAUUAUGAAGCUACAGGUCAACUUGCACUCGCUUUCGACGCUUAUUCUCGUAUGCGACAAGAUAUCAGUAUUCCAAGACACGUAAUUGACGUUUGCAAACACAUCAUUGAAGUCUCUAUUGAGAGAAAGGAAUAUAUCGCAGUUCUUUCCAACGUUCAGAAGAUGAGAGGAACAUCUAUUGGACCAGAUGAUGAUCAGGUCAUCAAACCAUUUUGUCAUGUAGCUGAAGGUAUCGCACAAAUGCAUGCCGGACAAUAUGCUAUGGCUGCACAAACUUUCUUACAAGUACCUCCAGGGGUGGCUGGAAAUUACUAUACAAUUGUCAGUGCUAAUGAUGUUGCUGUCUACGGAGGUCUUUGCGCUUUGGCUACCAUCGAGCGUAAUGAUUUGCAAAAAUCAGUUCUCGAAAACUCGGAUUUCCGCGCCUAUCUCGAAUUAGAGCCACAUAUUCGUCGUGCCAUUCAAGCAUUUGUUGGUAGCAAGUACUCUACAUGUUUGGAGAUUCUUGAGUCUUACAAAGCUGAUUAUCUACUUGAUAUUCACUUGCAAAAGCAUGUUGAUGAGCUUUAUACUCGUGUUAGGAGCAAGAGUAUAGUUCAAUACUUUAUUCCAUUCAGCUGUGUUACAUUUGAGACACUGAACAAGAACUUCGCUCCACCUGGAAAGACUAUUGAAAAGGAGUUGGCAGAGAUGAUCAAAUGUGGUGAGCUGGAUGCUCGUAUUGAUCUCGUUGCUAAAGUAUGUUAACUUUCAUCUGUUUUUUAUAUCCUCCUUCAAUUCUUAUACUUUCACCUCUUUCCCAAUCCAUCAUGCUAACAUAUACCAAUUAGACCCUCAUAUCAACACCUAAAGCCACCCGUCAAGAAAUCCAACAAGAAGCUCUUAAGACAGCAAAGCAAGUCGAACGUGAAGCUAGACAACAUUUACUACGUAUGAAUAUCAUUGCUUCAGAUAUGGAGGUCAGAGCAUCUAGAGAAAGUGGUAGACGAGGUAUAGGUGGCGGAAUGACUGGAGAAUUAUUUGGUGGUGUUUGAGAAAAUACCGGAUGAUGAUAUAAUGAUAUUAGAUGAUACGAUAUGAUGACGAAAAUGGCGUUUAUGAUUAAAAGAGGCUGAUACUGAUUUGGUUCGGCGUCUAUGGUUCAGAGUGUAUCGGAUUCCGGAAGGGAAUUUGGUAGAUAUACAAAUGCGGCAUGGUAUGGUAGUUAUGAGUCUUUUGUAUUUCUUUAUUCUCUCUUCUUCUUUCUUUCUUUUUUCUUUCGUUUGAGAGAUAGUUAAAAGAGAUGAGUAGAUAAUUAUUAUUUAUUAGAUAUAGAGGAAUAUUAUAACCUUGAUUAUUU